CCGACGACGGUGUAGCAGUUGCACGAAUGAUAGCUAGCACUUGCAGGUCUCUCUUCAGAUUCGACUCAUAUGUGAUAUCAAAGGUCCUACAUGAUUUACAGGUUUAGCUGUUUCUCUGUUCCUCAACUUGAAUUCAGUUUAAUUGGAACUAGCAUAUAAUAAGCUCUAUUUCGUUGCUUUAACUGUUUGGAUAAGUAAACAAUAUAAUUCUAUUUGAGUUAUGUUGCCACUUGCUAUUUAUGUGUAAGUUCAAAAGCUUCCUUCUACGGAGAAAGGGGUGUAGUGGGUUUUAGGGUCUACUUGACUAAAUUUGAUUUUAGUAUCGUUCUCAGGUCAUCUCCGGUCUUGAAUUAAUUUUUUACUCAAAAUUUGAGUAAAAAGUUUAAUUUAAUACAAAACACUCUAAUGGAGGAACUCAAACUCAAAGUUUAAUGGAAACAAAGUCAAAUUUAAACGAAGACAAACUCAAAUUUAAAAAAUGACAGAAUAUGACCAUUGACUCUUUAAAAUAGGAUAAAAUCUGACUAUUCAAUGACUGAGUCUUCCUUUAUUUGGUAUGGGCUUGAAUAAAGGACUGGUGUUGCUUUUAGCCUUUUUUAUUCAAAUUUAAAUUUGAGUAAGAGUUUGUGUAAGAAUCAGAGAUGCUCUUAUAUGAAGUAACCGGACAAUGAAAUUUGGGAUAGGAUCCUCAUGUUCCAGUUUUUGAGACUUUAAUAUUGUGCAAAGCCAUAUAGGAAUAACUUGACUAUUUUUUAAGCUUGCAUAGGAUUGCCAAUGAGGGUGAGCCUUGGUGUAACAGUAAGAUUGUUCCAUUGUGACUGUCAAAGGUACGAGUCGCAAAAAUAACCUUUCUAUAUGGAGGUUAAAGAUACAUGCAUCUGACCUUCUCUAAAUCGUGUAGUUGCGGGAACUUCUUGCACUGAGCCACACUUUAUAGGAUUGCCAAUGAUAAAACAUGUUAACUCAUCCUGAGUUUGCGAAGCAGGUAAAAAGGUAGAAUUUUGAGUAGCUAUAGGGAAAUCAUAUGAGAAGGAAGGUUUUCUUCUUGUGGUGUUUCACGAGGGCCCCAUCUUUAUAUGAUGCCGGUAUGGGUUUUCCCUAGAACGAAAUAGUAGUUGGCGUCAUAGAUUUUCGUCCCUAUUCUGACAAAUGCAAUGCAUUUGAACUUUGAAGCAUGUUUCAGAUUUCAUUGCUGUUUUCAUACUUAUUUGGGUUACUUUUACCUUCACUCUUUUCAUGCUUAACUCGUGGCAGAGGCGCCAUAUGUAUCAUGGUUUGAACUAUUGCUCAAAAAUGGAUGGUAAAAAAGUUACGCAACAGGCUAUGGAUCGGAAAAAGCAAAAAACAGUAACCACUCCUGUAUGGAGACCAGUCUCUACUCAAUCCAGUUCCUACGAGGGGUUAUUCAUAUUCAACAUGCAGAUGGUGCAGCUGACAUACCAAAUGAACCUCAUGAUCCAAAUUUUAGUUCUGGAGCAUUGCAGGAUAGUGAUGAAGGCACAGUUCCAGAAGGAGGAUUGAUGCCCUCUGUUGAGAAGCAUUCGAUUUCGCUGGAGAUAGGAGCUUCCUUGAUGCGUUUCAUCAAAGGAAAAGGAGGGUCCACACAUAAAAGAAUUGAAGAGGACAUGGGAGUCAGAAUAAUAUUCCCAUCAUCAAGAAAGGAGGAUUCUAUCAUCAUUGAAGGCAUUUCUGCUGAAAGUGUAACUAGAGCUUCCAAAAGAAUACAAGCCAUAAUCGAUGAGGCAGUUGAAAGUCCAACUCUCGAUUACUCUCACUUUGUAUCACUUCCAUUGGCUAUACAUCCAGAACUGGUUGAUAAGCUUGUCAAUUUUCAGAAUUCAAUACUAGGAAUUACCGAUCCUAACAAAGAUGAGAAUCUGGAUAGUGAUUCAAAUAGAGAUACUUCAGAUGAAGAAGACAAGGACCUGCAUUUUGAUAAGGCAACUCAUGUUGCCGUUGAACUUAAAGCUGAAAGCAGUAGUGAACGCGUGAAAGUGGAUAUAACCAACAUACCUCUUGUAAGUUACGCACCCAAAGCAUCAAAUUCCUCUGCCUCGGUAUCAAAGACUUCUGUCAUAUCUGAAUUGGGGAUUGAGAAAUCCAUAUUUAUUAAACCAAAAACAUUUCACUUAACUGUUCUCAUGCUGAAAUUGUGGAACAAAGAACGAGUUGCUGUUGCUUCUCAGGUUUUGCAGAGUGUCUCCUCAGAGGUAAUUGAUGCCUUGGAAAGCCAGCCUGUCUCUAUAAAACUUAAGGGGCUGGAAUGCAUGAGAGGUUACUUGGCCAAAGCUCGUGUUCUUUAUGCUCCCGUAGAAGAAAUUGGUGGCAAGGGCCGCCUUAUACGAGCCUGCCAGGUCAUCAUUGAUGCGUUUGUUAAAGCUGGUCUAGUUCUUGAGAAAGAUGCACAACAAAAGUUAAAGUUGCAUGCAACUGUGAUGAAUUCAAGACACAGAAAAAUGAAGGAAAGGACAAGAAGGGUCGAUUCCUUUGAUGCACGAAGCAUUGUCAAUCAGUAUGGUUCAGAAGAAUGGGGAGAGUAUCUUAUCUGUGAAGCUCAUCUCUCACAAAGGUUUGUGUUCGAUGAAAACGGAUAUUACCAUUGCUGUGCUUCCAUUCCUUUUCCUGAAGACAUGCAAGUCGGUUGAUUCAUUUUUCUCGAAUGUGUGACUUAUGUCUUUCAGUAGAAAACUAGUAUUGAGAUUUGAGUAAUUGUUAUUUAUAUUUCUUUGGGUAGCAUCUUGUUGCACACUGCUAUUACACACAGAUUUUUGAAUUCUAUUUUAAAAUUAGGUUGUAUUUUAUUUAACCCAGAGAUAUUUGGUUUGCUCACUGAGUUAUCGUGUUGAAUUUCAUGGUU